AUGACGCCAGACGGUGGUAAGACUGGCCCCUUUCUCACGUCUCGCAGUGAGAAGCCGAAGCCCAUUUUCCAACCCGAAUUCGGGAGCUUUAUGGUCGAAGCUACGCCCGGAGUGCCAUAUGACAACAGUCUCACGAGCAUGUUGAGUGUCCAGGGCAACAUGGCCAGGCGGAGACGAAUGAUCCAGGAACGGCUAGGCGAGAACGAGGCGGUCGUGACGAUACCGGGCUUCCCACGCCUAGGCGCUCCAGGGACAUUCACCCAGCCGCCGCUCCCGUCUGGGGGGCUAUUACUUCGGAGCCAAUUCCUUCCCGAUGGCCUGGUGAGCACGUAUGAGCGAUAUGGCGCGAUUCACGACAACAUCUACACGCGCCGAGAAGGACGUGCCUUCAAGAUCAAGGCUCCUAUAUUCAAAGAUGAGAAGACGCCCUGGCCUUGGAGAGAAUCGAACCAUUUCGGCCAAGCGAACGGCGCACAAGAGCACGACGCCGGGAUUUACGGACACAAUGCAGAGAACUUCAUAUACGGUGACAGCAUGUCAUUCGGGCCUACCCUCUGCGGUCUCCAGGUCACGUUACAGGCUCGCAACCUUCGAGAAGCACGCUACCUCCACGACCAACUCUGUCCGGUUGGGCCGAUCCUGAUGGCCCUGACGGCUGGAACGCCCUUUUUCCGCGGCUUUCUCACAGACACAGACGUGAGAUGGAACCACGCUGCCGCAGCGGUGGACGACAGGACUUCAAAUGAGCUAUCUUCAAAGGUAUUGCGGUCUACAGAAGAGGCUUCAAUUCAACCUCGCUGGGCACCCACAGCAAUGUAUCUCGCCGACGACGCCCGACUUCGGUCAGAGUACAAUAAUUCAAGCACAAACCCCGACCCCAACCGCACCAUCGCCGAAAAGCUCCAAAACAAAGGCAUGGACACCCUCCUCGCAUCGCAUUACGCCGCCAUUCUAGCCCGUGACCCCAUCGCCAUGACGGAGAAGGACCUCGAAGCUUACGCGCAUGGUGAUGGCGAUGGCGAUGCUGAUACCGAUAUUGACGUCUUCGAGAUCCUCCACUCGGCCGUCUGGCCGCACGUCGAUUUCAAACUCCCGUCCAAGAAGGAGGGGCGAGCAGGCUGGAGAGUCGAGCUCCGUCCUCUCGAGGUUCAGCUCACAGAUUUCGACAAUGCGGCCUUUGUUGUUUUCGUGGCGCUUCUGGCCCGCACGAUCCUCCAUUUCGAUCUCAACUUCUACAUUCCCAUCGAGAAGGUGGCUGAGAAUAUGACGAGAGCGCACACGCGCGAUGCCGUCAGGGAGGAGCAGUUCUUCUUUCGGCGGGACGUGUGGUCGUCGUCUUCAGCAGCGACGGCGGCAAAUGCAAAAGACAAAGGAACCUAUCCGCCCAUCGAAACGGAAUAUACGUUAAUGACGGUUAACGAGAUCAUGAACGGGUCGAAAAGUGUAUGCUCAAACGGAUCGCAGUGUGGCAACUGCUCCUCAUCAUCCUCAUCUUCUUGUUCCUUCGAAGGUCUCAUCCCGCUAGUCGAACGAUACGUCCGUGAAGUCUACGCAGGAGAGUCCGAGGAUACACAUGAUCACAAGCAGGAUCAUCAACAAGGACACGAGCUGGGGCACCAGCAUAAGCAUGGACACCAACACGGACAACAGCAAGAACAAGGACAAGAACAAGAACAAGAACCACCACAUAGAGACGACCAAGAACACGGGGCCAACCAACUCCUAAAAUACCUCGCCAUGAUCCGCAACAGGGCCUCAGGAAAGAUCCCCACACCAGCCACCUGGAUGAGACGAUUCGUGCAGAUCCACAAGGACUAUCGUCAGGAUAGCGUGGUUUCCGAGAGCACAUGCUACGACUUGAUGUGCUGUAUUCGAGAUCUCGGAGAUGGGGACGCACGGAACGUAUGA